GAAGGGACUUGUCAGGACGAUUUGGAAAAAGGAAAGGAAGAGGAGGAGCAAGGAACCAUGGCCUCUUUGGUAGCUCUUUGUAGUGGGCUAGGGAGGAAAAGGUUGACGCACUUCGUAACGGCUGCUGUCUGCAUUAGAGAUUCUAGGAUUCAAGCAGUUCUCUGGAGAAGUUGUUCACAGUAUAAACAGGUAACCAGCAAUGAGGACCUGCCUGUUCCAAUGGAAAAUCCUUACAAGGAGCCUCUGAAAAAAUGUAUCUUGUGUGGAAAACGUGUAGAUUAUAAGAACAUACAGCUUUUAUCCCAGUUUAUUUCUCCAUUUACUGGAUGCAUUUAUGGAAGGCACAUAACAGGUCUUUGUGGGAAGAAACAAAAAGAAAUCACAAAAGCAAUUAAGAGAGCUCAAAUAAUGGGGUUUAUGCCAGUUACAUACAAGGAUCCUGCAUAUCUCAAAGACCCUAAAAUUUGUAACAUCAGAUACAGGGAGUAAAUUACAUAAAGUUACCAUCAAUAAACUUAUUUUACAAUAAA